GAUUAUGUGUGGAUGGACCUCAAAACCGGUCGGGAAUUCGACGUCCCCAUUGGAGCAGUGGUUAAACUGUGUGACUCUGGACAGAUCCAGGUUGUCGACGAUGAAGGCAACGAGCACUGGAUUUCCCCGCAGAAUGCCAGCCACAUCAAACCCAUGCACCCAACCUCCAUCCAUGGAGUGGAGGACAUGAUCCGCCUGGGGGACCUCAACGAGGCAGGGAUCCUCAGGAACCUGCUCAUCCGCUACCGGGAGCACCUCAUCUAUACAUACACUGGUUCCAUACUGGUGGCUGUAAACCCCUACCAGCUCUUACCCAUCUACUCCCCGGAGCAGAUACGCCUGUACACCAACAAAAAAAUUGGGGAGAUGCCACCACACAUCUUUGCAAUUGCUGACAACUGCUACUUCAACAUGCAGCGCAACAACAAGGACCAAUGUUGCAUCAUAAGUGGUGAAUCAGGAGCAGGGAAGACAGAAAGCACCAAGCUGAUUCUGCAGUUUCUGGCUGCUAUCAGCGGUCAGCACUCCUGGAUUGAGCAGCAGGUCCUGGAGGCAAAUCCCAUCUUGGAAGCUUUUGGGAACGCCAAGACCAUCCGUAAUGACAACUCCAGCCGAUUUGGGAAGUACAUUGACAUCCACUUUAACAAGAGGGGAGCCAUCGAGGGGGCAAAGAUUGAACAGUAUCUGCUGGAGAAGUCCCGGGUGUGCAGACAGGCCCAGGACGAGAGGAAUUACCAUGUAUUUUACUGCAUGCUGAGAGGAAUGACGAUGGAGCAGAAAAAGAAACUGGGUCUAGGGAAAGCCACUGACUACAACUACCUUGCAAUGGGUAACUGCACAACCUGUGAUGGCAGAGACGACAGCAAAGAGUAUGCGAAUAUUCGCUCUGCAAUGAAGGUCCUCAUGUUCACCGACACCGAAAACUGGGAGAUCUCCAAGCUGCUGGCUGCCAUACUGCACAUGGGGAACCUGCAGUAUGAAGCUCGGACCUAUGACAACCUGGAUGCCUGCGAGGUUGUUCAGUCGGCGUCACUAAUCACUGCAGCAUCAUUGCUGGAGGUUGACCCUCAGGACGUGAUGAACUGCCUUACCAGCCGUACUAUAAUCACCAGAGGUGAGACCGUCUCCACCCCUCUCAGCAUGGAACAAGCGCUCGACGUGAGGGAUGCUUUUGUAAAGGGAAUUUAUGGGCGGCUUUUUGUCUGGAUUGUGGAGAAGAUCAAUGCUGCGAUUUACAGACCCCCUUCCCAGGAACUCAAGAGUAUCAGGAGAUCCAUUGGCCUCCUCGACAUCUUUGGCUUUGAGAACUUCACUGUGAACAGUUUUGAGCAGCUUUGCAUUAAUUUUGCUAAUGAGAACCUGCAGCAGUUCUUCGUGCGCCAUGUCUUCAAACUUGAGCAGGAGGAAUACAACCUGGAGAACAUCAACUGGCAGCACAUUGAGUUCACUGACAACCAGGAUGCCUUGGAUAUGAUCGCCAUCAAACCCAUGAACAUCAUCUCCCUCAUCGACGAGGAGAGCAAAUUUCCCAAGGGUACAGAUGCCACAAUGUUACACAAGCUGAAUUCCCAGCACAAGCUGAACACAAACUAUAUUCCACCGAAGAACAACUAUGAAACCCAGUUUGGCAUUAACCACUUUGCUGGAAUUGUUUACUAUGAGACAAAAGGUUUCCUGGAGAAAAACAGGGACACGCUGCACGGAGACAUCAUUCAGCUGGUACAUUCCUCAAAAAACAAAUUCAUCAAGCAGAUCUUCCAAGCAGACGUGGCAAUGGGAGCGGAGACAAGGAAGCGCUCGCCGACGCUGAGCAGCCAGUUCAAGCGAUCCCUGGAGCUGCUGAUGAGGACUCUCAGCGUGUGCCAGCCCUUCUUCGUCCGCUGCAUCAAGCCCAAUGAGUACAAGAAGCCCAUGCUGUUUGACCGGGAGUUGUGUGUCCGUCAGCUGAGAUACUCGGGGAUGAUGGAGACAAUCCGGAUUCGCCGGGCUGGCUACCCCAUCCGCUACACUUUUGUGGAGUUCGUGGACAGGUACCGGGUGCUCAUGCCCGGGGUGAAGCCAGCAUACAAGCAGGGCGACCUGCGGGGGACAUGCCAGCGCAUUGCAGAAGCUGUGCUUGGGAAGGACGACGACUGGCAGAUUGGCAAGACCAAGAUAUUCCUGAAGGACCACCAUGAUAUGCUGCUGGAGAUCGAGAGAGACAAAGCCAUCACGGACAAAGUCAUCCUCAUCCAGAAGGUGGUUCGAGGGUUUAAAGACAGGUCCAAUUUCCUGAAAGUGAGAAAUUCAGUCCUGAUGAUUCAGAGAUACUGGCGUGGGCAUAACUGCAGGAAGAACUACGGUGCUGUACGCCUGGCCCAGCUGGCCCGUGAAGAUGCAGAGAGAGAAGUAAAAGAAAAGGAGGAAGCCCGUCGGAAGAAAGAGCUGUUAGAAAAGAUGGAGAAAGCGCGCAAUGAGCCCGUGAAUGACUCGGACAUGGUGGACAAAAUGUUUGGAUUCCUAGGGACAACCUCCUCACUGCCUGGCCAGGAAGGACAAGCACCCAACGGCUUCGAGGAUCUCGAGCGAGCCCAGAAGGAGCUGGAGGAAGAGGACCUUGAUGCAGCAUUGCCUCUCCCUGAGGAAGAGGAGGAAGAUCUCUCAGAGUACAAAUUUGCCAAGUUUGCCGCAACGUAUUUCCAGGGCACGACAACACACACCUACAUCCGUCGGCCUCUCAAGCAGCCUCUCCUGUACCAUGAGGAUGAAGGAGACCAGUUGGCAGCCCUUGCCGUAUGGAUCACUAUCCUCCGUUUCAUGGGAGACCUCCCUGAGCCUAAAUAUCACACAGCCAUGAGUGAUGGUGGUGAGAAAAUCCCUGUGAUGACCAAGAUCUAUGAGACUCUUGGGAAAAAGACUUAUAAGAAAGAACUGCAGGCGCUGCAGGGAGAAGGAGAGAGUACUCACAUUGACGGGCACAAGAAGAAUAGUGUGCGGCACAAACUGGUCUCCUUAACACUCAAGAAGAAAUCCAAACUGACGGAGGAGGUGACAAAGAGACUUCAUGAUGGUGAGUCUACGCUCCAGGGUAAUAGCAUGCUCGAAGACCGGCCCACCUCCAACCUGGAGAAGCUCCAUUUCAUUAUUGGUAAUGGCAUCCUCAGGCCAGCAUUAAGGGAUGAAAUCUAUUGUCAAAUCUGCAAGCAGCUGACCCAGAACCCUUCCAAAAGCAGCCAUGCCAGGGGCUGGAUCCUGAUGUCCCUGUGUGUGGGAUGUUUUGCUCCUUCUGAGAAGUUUGUGAAGUAUUUAAGGAACUUUAUCAACGGAGGCCCCCCUGGUUAUGCUCCCUAUUGUGAAGAGAGGCUGCGGCGGACAUUUGCCAAUGGGACAAGGACACAACCACCCAGCUGGCUGGAACUGCAGGCAACCAAGUCCAAGAAGCCGAUCAUGUUGCCUGUCACUUUUAUGGAUGGGACAACAAAAACCUUGUUGACGGACUCUGCAACAACUGCUAAAGAGCUCUGUAAUUCUCUGGCUGACAAAAUCAGCCUGAAGGACAGAUUUGGAUUUUCGCUUUACAUCGCGCUGUUUGACAAGGUCUCUUCACUGGGAAGCGGCAAUGACCACGUGAUGGAUGCGGUGUCUCAGUGUGAGCAAUAUGCCAAAGAGCAGGGAGCACAGGAGCGCAAUGCGCCUUGGCGGCUCUUCUUCAGGAAGGAGAUCUUCACUCCUUGGCACAACCCCAAUGAGGACAAUGUGGCCACGAAUCUCAUUUACCAACAGAUCGUCCGGGGUGUGAAAUUCGGGGAGUAUCGGUGUGACAAGGAAGAAGAUCUGGCAGAACUGGCCUCCCAGCAGUACUAUGUGGACUAUGGGUCAGAGAUGGUGCUGGAAAGGCUGCUAAAUCUAAUUCCAUCCUACAUCCCAGACAGGGAGAUCACAGCUUCAAAAACAGUGGAGAAAUGGGCUCAGCUCAUUAUAGCUGCACAUAAAAAGGGAAUUUACACUCAGAAGAGGACAGACCCCAAAAAAGUCAAGGAAGAGGUGGUGGAUUUUGCACGUUUCAAGUGGCCUUUACUGUUUUCUAGAUUUUAUGAAGCCUUCAAAUUCUCAGGGCCGAGCCUGCCUAAAAAUGAUGUGAUUGUAGCGGUCAACUGGACAGGGGUGUACUUUGUGGAUGAACAGGAGCAGGUUCUCUUAGAGCUGUCUUUCCCAGAGAUCACAGCUGUGUCAAGCAGUAGAGGGGGAAAGCUGCAAGGGCAGAGUUUCACCUUGGCCACCAUUAAAGGUGAUGAAUACACUUUCACCUCCAACAACGCAGAGGAUAUCCGAGACCUAGUGGUGACCUUCCUAGAAGGACUAAGGAAAAGAUCCAAGUAUGUGGUCACUCUCCAAGACAACCCAAACCCUGUGGGAGAAGAAUCUGGCUUCCUCAGCUUCCUCAAAGGAGACCUCAUAGUUCUGGACCAAGAUACAGGAGAACAUGUGAUGAACUCAGGCUGGGCUAAUGGGUUCAAUGAACGGACCAAGCAGAGAGGGGAUUUCCCAACAGAUUCUGUUUACGUCCUGCCUACAGUCACUAUGCCUCCCCUGGAGAUUGUGGCACUGGUCACCAUGACCCCCGACCAACGACAAGAUGUUAUCAGAACGUCCCAGCUGGCAAUUUCAGACAGUGAAGAGAGAGUGAAACCAUAUACCUUGGAGGAAUUUUCCUAUGAUUAUUUUAGGCCACCUCCCAAGCACACCCUGAGCCGGGUCAUGAUUACCAAGAGCCGUGGGAAGGACAAGCUGUGGUGUUACACCCGUGAGCCUAUCAAACAGCCAUUGCUGAAGAAGAUCCUGGGCAGUGAGGAGCUGUCCCAAGAAGCCUGUAUGGCCUUCAUUGCUGUGCUGAAGUAUAUGGGUGACUACCCAUCCAAAAGGACUCGCUCAGUCAACGAGCUGACAGACCAAAUAUUUGAAGGUGCCUUGAAAGCUGAGCCCCUGAAGGAUGAAAUCUACUGCCAGACCCUAAAGCAGCUCACAGACAACCACAUCAAGUACAGUGAAGAGAAAGGCUGGGAGCUCUUGUGGUUGUGUACAGGCCUUUUCCCUCCAAGCAACAUUCUCCUGCCCCAUGUCCAGAGGUUUCUGCAGUCCCGAAAGCAUCACCCUUUGGCAGCAGACUGUAUCCAGAGACUCCAGAAAGCACUGAGGAAUGGAUCCAGGAAGUACCCACCCCAUCUUGUAGAAGUGGAAGCAAUUCAGCACAAAACCACCCAAAUUUUCCACAAAGUUUACUUCCCUGAUGACACCGAUGAGGCAUUCGAGGUGGAGUCCAGCACAAAAGCCAAGGAUUUCUGCCAGAACAUCUCCAACAGGCUGCUCCUAAAGUCCUCUGAGGGUUUCAGCCUCUUCGUCAAAAUCUCUGACAAGGUCAUCAGCGUGCCCGAGGGAGAUUUCUUCUUCGACUUUGUCAGACACUUGACAGACUGGAUAAAGAAAGCAAGACCGGCAAAAGAUGGUAUAGUGCCUUCUCUCACCUACCAAGUGUUCUUCAUGAAGAAGCUGUGGACCAACACGACGCCUGGAAAGGACUCCAUGGCAGAUUCAAUCUUCCACUAUUACCAGGAGUUACCAAAGUACCUGCGUGGCUACCACAAGUGCACACGGGAGGAGGUCCUGCAGCUGGCGGCUCUCAUCUACCGGGUGAAGUUUGAGGAUGACAAGUCUUAUUUCCCCAGCAUCCCCAAACUCCUGAAGGAGCUGGUGCCCCAAGACCUCAUCCGGCAGCUCUCUCCAGAUGACUGGAAAAGGUCCAUCGUGGCAUACUACAACAAGCAUGCGGGCAAAACAAGAGAAGAAGCCAAGCUUGCCUUCCUAAAGAUUAUCUUCAAGUGGCCUACAUUUGGAUCAGCAUUCUUUGAAGUGAAGCAAACUACAGAGCCAAAUUAUCCAGAAAUCCUUCUAAUUGCCAUCAACAAGCAUGGAGUCAGCCUCAUUGACCCCAAAACCAAGGAUAUCCUCAUCACUCACCCCUUCACAAAGAUUUCCAACUGGAGCAGUGGCAACACGUACUUCCAUAUAACUAUCGGCAACCUGGUGAGGGGAAGCAAGCUGCUCUGUGAGACGUCCCUGGGCUACAAGAUGGAUGAUCUUUUAACCUCGUACAUCAGCCAGAUGUUAACAGCCAUGAGCAAACAGAGGAGUGCAAAGGGCGGCAAGUGAACUGCAAGAAGCCGCUGGCAUGUGGCCAUGGGGCUUAUUCACCAGCUGAGGCUUGUGGGGUACCCAUGCAGCUGGGGGAGAACCUUUUCCUCUCAAAUGUGGAAGAUGAGCCGAACACCAUCCGGGAGUUCACUGGACUCUGACCUUGAGGGCUCAAAUACCACCUCCCCUUCCAGUGAAGAUGACUAUCUCUGACCUCUCAUCCUCUUUUGCCACCCUGUACCUCAACUCUGUCUUAAACCUCAAAGAUUUCCAAACACCAUCGCUCUCAGACAGAGACUGAGCAAAGAGACCCUGGCAGGAUGCUUGCCUGGAACCAAAUGGUUGGCAUUGCAAAGGCUCUGGGAAGAAGAGGAGUGUGUGU